AUGUUAUUCUCAUUAAUCAUUCGUAUUUCAUCAACGCCACAAGAACCCGAUUUUAAAGUUUCCCCAUCGAUUUCUGUAAAGUUAGUUGGUCCAAAUGAUGGGGAUAAAGAACCUGCACUACAAAUUUUUCCUCUUAAUUCGGAUAUUAAUAUUGAAUGGACAAGUGAAGGAAUAAAUGAUUCAACCAUAUUUAUACAAGUCCAUUAUAUCUUCCCAACUAUUCCCAAGGAAACUUACGUUCCAUUGUUGAAAGAGCCAAAGGAAUCGAAAUUAAAAGAGAAUAAAUUUAAAUUAAGCCUUGAUUCGGAAUUAUUUGAAACCGAAAAAUUUUAUUUGGUAACGGUUACUUUGGAAGGGGAUCAAAAUGUUGUUGGUACUUCCGAUCCUUUUGGUAUCUGUACGGCAUGUAUAUAA